UUUAGGAAGCAAAGUCCCCCGUAGACAUAAAACCCCAAAUCCAAUCCAUCCGUGUAUUCCAUCUCCAUCAACGCUCUCCACUAUCCCACGUAAUUACCUCCUCUUUGUUUUUUGUUUCCCCAGAGCAAUUUAUUUGUAUAAGUAAAAGAAAAAAAAAAAAACCUGAAAACCCAAUUUUCUUUACUUUCUUUGUGAACAGAACAGAUCUCCCAACUUUCACAAUCAUCGAAUCUCCAAUUUUUCUUUAUUCGGUUCGUGGAGUCUUCUCUCCCUUCGGUGCUUUUUCUACCAUUCUUUCUUUUAUUUGAUUUACUUACUACUACUAAUAAUAUAUAAUAAAUAAUAAAUUCUUGAGCGCUUUUCUUUUUUCUUUUUUUGUUUUUCCUGAAAAAUUGUUGCAAUUCGGGGUUUCAUUGAGCGAUUGCUUGGAGAACAAGAGAAGAGAAGGAGAAAGGGACGGAAAAGUAAAUUCAAUCUUUUAGGGUUUCUUUUUGGUGAUGAGAAUCGGAGAAGAAGAAUGAACGAUGCCGGUACUGCGUAGCGGAGCACGUAGGGGACGGGCAGCAGCACCGAAGCAACGUCAGCAGCAGCAACAACCGAAUCCGAUCGAGGCAGGGGAAGCGAUUGCGACGCGGACUAGGCGGCGGAGGAGGGCGGCAGAAGCGGCGGCCGCAGCGGCAGUAGCUGCGCCAGUGACAAACAAUAACAACGGCGACAACGAGAAUAAGAAUACUAAACAGCGGGAGCAGGGGGUCGAUGAGAAGUUAACUUUAGCGGCGGCUGGGGCAGCGGCAGUUAAGGAGAACGAGAAUAAUAAUAAUAAUAAUAAUAGGGUUUUAGAGGAAGGGGCAAGAGCAGAGAAAGAGGAAGUCGGGGAGAAGCCCAUGGACGAGUUCGGUAGCGGAGGGCGGAGCAAUGAUAAGGGUAAAGCUGGUGAGGAUAAAGGCAGCCCCGCACCGCUUCCUGAAAAGGUUCAGGUUGGGGGUUCCCCAAUGUAUAGAAUUGAAAGGAAGGUGGGCAAGGGUGGCUUUGGACAGGUCUGUGUAGGUCGGCGUGUUUCGGCUGCAAAUACAAAUGAUAGAAAUGGCUCUGGGGCUUUAGAGGUUGCCUUGAAAUUUGAGCAUAGAAGUAGUAAAGGAUGUAACUAUGGACCACCAUAUGAGUGGCAAGUUUACAACACUCUCGGUGGCAGUCAUGGUAUACCCCGAGUACACCAUAAGGGCCGUCAAGGUGACUAUUACGUCAUGGUUAUGGAUUUGCUGGGCCCAAGUCUGUGGGACGUUUGGAAUAAUAACUCUCAUACAAUGUCCGUCGAAAUGGUUGCUUGCAUUGCUAUUGAAGCAAUAUCCAUAUUGGAGAAGAUGCACUCUCGAGGCUAUGUGCAUGGAGAUGUAAAGCCUGAAAAUUUUCUUCUAGGUCCUACAGGAACUCCUGGUGAAAAAAAAUUAUUCCUUGUUGAUCUUGGAUUAGCAACCAGGUGGCGAGAUAGUUCAACAGGUUUGCAUGUUGAAUAUGACCAGAGGCCUGAUGUUUUUAGGGGAACGGUCCGUUAUGCCAGUGUGCAUGCUCAUUUAGGGAGAACUUGUAGCAGGAGAGAUGAUCUAGAAUCUCUUGCAUAUACACUUGUUUUCCUUCUUCGAGGUCGUUUGCCUUGGCAAGGAUACCAGGGAGAGAAUAAAGGGUUCCUUGUUUGCAAGAAGAAGAUGUCAACACCUCCAGAGGCCUUGUGUUGCUUCUGUCCAAUUCCUUUCAAACAUUUUGUUGAAUAUGUUGUCAACUUAAAGUUUGAUGAAGAACCUAAUUAUGCAAAAUACAUUUCUCUCUUUGAUGGGAUUGUUGGUCCAAAUCCAGAUAUCCGUCCAAUUAACACAGAAGGUGCGCUGGAGCUUAUUCAUCAAGUUGGUAAAAAGAGAGGUAGGUUAUCUAUGGAUGAGGAGGAAGAUGAGCAACCAAAGAAGAAGGUUCGUCUGGGCAUGCCAGCAACGCAAUGGAUUAGUGUUUACAAUGCUCGUAGACCUAUGAAGCAAAGGUAUCACUAUAAUGUAGCAGAUGAAAGGCUUGCACAGCACAUUGAAAAAGGAAAUGAGGAUGGCUUAUUUAUUAGCAGUGUAGCUUGCUGCCAAAAUCUAUGGGCCCUUAUCAUGGAUGCUGGCACUGGAUUCUCUGCACAAGUCUAUGAACUCUCACCCUAUUUCCUUCACAAGGAAUGGAUAAUGGAGCAGUGGGAGAAGAACUAUUAUAUCAGCGCAAUAGCAGGGGCUACAAAUGGAGGCUCCUUAGUAGUAAUGUCAAAGGGUACUUCGUAUUUGCAGCAGUCAUACAAAGUGAGUGAGUCUUUUCCUUUUAAGUGGAUUAACAAGAAAUGGAGAGAGGGUUUCUAUGUCACCUCAAUGGCCACUUCUGGUAGCAGAUGGGGAGUUGUUAUGUCUCGCGGUGCUGGAUUUUCUGACCAGGUUGUUGAACUUGACUUCCUUUAUCCUAGUGAAGGCAUCCAUCGUCGGUGGGAUUGUGGGUAUCGCAUAACAGCUACUGCUGCAACUUGGGACCAGGCUGCUUUUGUUCUUAGUGUGCCAAGAAGGAGGCCAGUAGAUGAAACACAGGAAACUCUUAGAACUUCAGCAUUUCCUAGCACUCAUGUCAAGGAGAAAUGGGCGAAGAAUCUUUACUUAGCUUCAGUUUGUUACGGACGAACAGUUUCUUGAGCUGCCCCAUUCAUUUGUUUGUGGUUUCCCUGGUGACAUCCUUGAAGAUGUGGGCCUGUCAAACUCCACUAGCUGUCCACAUGGUAAAAUGCUGGAAACCCUCAGUCUUGGGUUGCUGUGUAGGCUUAGAGAAAUUUUGACCAGUACAGGCUUUAAUUUAUUGUAACUAAAAUAUAGAAUCUUCUAGUUGAACUUUAUGUUGCGACCUUCCAUCGUGUGGAAUUUCCCUUCUGCGGUGAUGUACCCCUGGAAAAGCCCAAAAUGAUGGGUCUGUUAAACUCUGUAUAGUCUUGAUUAAUAAGUACUUUGUUUAGGGCUGACGCAAAAUGGCAAGUUUCUCAUAUUCAUUUGGUUUUGGUGGUUUGCUUUUGACAUGAAACACAGUAACAUUGCCUAUGUUUCUUUGAUCCUACCACGCAUGGUUUAAUUUGAGUGGACUACUACGGUAAGCAUAAUCGUCAGCAUCUUAGUGUUUUUUUAAAAAAACUUAAAAUGUAAAUUUAACAUAUCCAGACAUGUUAUGCCAUUUAAAAAUGACUUGUCAUUUCAAAUUGUCAAGGAAAAGUAUAACCUAGUAUUAGUGAGGUUGUAACUCUUAUGCUGGUUGCAGUAGCGGAUGAUUGGCCCUGCCGCUGCUUCUGCUGCUUGUUAAGAAAUUGCUACUUUUAAGAAGCAAAAAUUUAUACACAAAGAAGAAAAAUUGGAUGAAAGCUCAUCAUAAACUGGUAGACAGGUCU